AUGGUUUCGUCUAUUGUUGCGCUAGGCGUUGGGCUUGGAGCCGGCCUUGGAGUUGGACUUCACCACCACACUGCUGCUGCUACAUCUACCUCGACACCAACGGCAACGGUUUCCGCAGCAGCAGCGGCGGCUACUGCUACAUCUACUACAAUCUCUUCCGCCAAUGGCACAUACUGGCAGCCAACGGCCGGCACAACAUGGCAAAUCGAGCUUCUCUACAAGCUAAACGACACUUCCAUCGACGUCCAAGUCUACGACAUCGAUCUUUUCGAUACCGAAGCCGACCAAAUCUCUUCUCUGCAAGCCGCAGGCCGAAAAGUGAUUUGCUAUUUUUCGGCGGGUAGCUGGGAGAACUGGCGUCCCGACGCGGAUCAAUUCAACUCUACCGAUCUGGGCGGCGAUCUCAAUGGCUGGGCAGGCGAGAAAUGGCUCAAUAUCAGCUCGACGAACGUGCGCAACAUCAUGGUGAACAGGCUCCACAUGGCACAGCAAAAGGGGUGCGAUGGCGUUGAUCCGGAUAAUGUUGAUGGAUAUUCCAACAAGGAGAAUGCGCUAGGCCUGACGCAGCAGAUGUCAAUCGACUAUGUCAAUUUCCUCGCCGAAGAGGCUCAUUCUCUCAACAUGUCGAUUGGGUUGAAGAAUGCGGGUCAAAUCAUUGAUUCGGUGAUUGAUAAUAUGCAGUGGUCUGUCAAUGAGCAGUGUGUUCAGUAUGAAGAGUGCGAUACCUUCACCGCGUUCACGGAUGCGAAUAAGCCGAUUUUCCAUAUUGAGUACCCCAAGGGCGACGAUACAAACAACAACAAUGAUGUUACGAGCGCGCAAAAGGAGAAAGCGUGUGUGUUUGAGGGGUCGGACAAGUUUUCGACGGUCAUCAAGAAUAUGGAUUUGGAUAAUUGGGUGGAGUUCUGUUCAUAA